UAGUGUCUUCUUGCACAGACUCCGAGUCAGUGUGGAUCCGGAGUCCAGUCCGGGUUUUGGCUGCGGCCCGCUGCUCACACGGCUCCUGCAGGCAGCGGCUCCGCUCCUCCACUGCGCUGGCGCUGUUUACUGGAAGCUGCCCGAUCCUCCACCAAGUGUCUGAGCACCGUGAGCGGGGUCUUCUCCACAGGCGAGCCGCCGCUGAGCUCCAAACUUCACCCAGCCUCAGCCAGACACAGGAGCCCGGAGGAGAGCAGCGUUCGGCGGCUAGAAAAAGUAGCGAGGGGGGGGUUCUGUCUUCUCACCCCGGCACCAGACACUGAAAAAAGCCACUCUUUUACCCUCUUUCACUCACUCUUGUUGCUUUUAUUAUUUUUUUUAAAAAAUUGAUCCUCCUCCUGCGUCUUCUCCUUCCUCUUGUCUGUUGCUCCUUCCUCGGGAGUGAGAACGCACGCAGGCGGGAGACCCAGGGCGCACGAGCCGCUCUCAGGGCGCAUGAGGUGUUGGGACUGAGCGCAGAGCAGAGCAGCACCUGGCCGGCCAUGGAGGCGUGUGUCCCGGGCAGGGGAAUGUGAGGCUCCGGGGCUGAGUUUUUUUCUGAUUUGGAAAAGGGGGGACCUGCCUGCCUGAUAGCCCGAGCCUGUGUCCCAGAUCGAGGGGAGCAUGCCUCAGACCUGCAGACUCUCCGCUGCAGAGGAGUUCCCAUCAGACUGUCUCUCCACAAUCUGACAUUUUAUUUUUUUCCCCACCACAUUUCCUCUACAUUCACUUUUGUUUUUUUUAUAUCCUUGCUUGGCUUCACUGAAUUAAAGGUGAGAGGAUCAACGAUGAGCAUCUCUGAGAGCGGUCGGCUUGGACUUUUUUAAUCAGAACCUUUUUAGUCCCAACGCAAACCUGCCACAAACCAUCACCGCCAGGCGCCAUGGCGUGCUCCUUGUGGAAACUACACACCUUCUGCUGGUUCCUCAUCACACUAGCCCAAGUGCACUCCACAGAGGGGUUCAGUCGAGCCGCCCUGCCAUUCGGCCUAGUGCGGAGAGAGCUGUCUUGUGAGGGUUACCCCAUCGAUCUGCGGUGUCCGGGAAGUGACGUCAUAAUGAUCGAAAGUGCCAACUACGGCCGGACAGACGACAAGAUCUGCGACGCCGACCCUUUCCAGAUGGAGAACGUCAACUGCUAUCUUCCAGAUGCCUACAAGAUUAUGUCGCAAAGAUGCAACAAUCGGACCCAGUGCAUUGUGAUCACGGGUUCAGAUGUCUUCCCUGACCCCUGCCCAGGGACCUACAAAUACCUGGAGGUCCAGUAUGAGUGUGUGCCCUACAGUCCAUGCCCCACCAGAAUAGGACCAAGAACACAGAAUGUAUCCUAUCGCAACUGCCCCGAAGUGGAGCAAAAAGUUUUUAUUUGUCCUGGGACUCUGAAAGCUGUCGGUGAGCCUUCCUUUCUAUUUGAAGCGGAGCAACAAGCCGGCGCCUGGUGCAAAGACCCGCUGCAAGCCGGCGACAAAAUCUACUUUAUGCCUUGGACUCCUUAUAGGACAGACACUCUCAUUGAGUAUUCCUCCCUGGAUGACUUCCAAAACGCCCGGCAAACCAUCACCUACAAGCUGCCCCACCGGGUGGAUGGGACCGGGUUUGUGGUCUACGACGGCGCAGUGUUUUUCAACAAGGAACGUACGCGCAACAUCGUGAAGUUUGACCUGCGAACUCGUAUCAAAAGCGGCGAGGCGAUCAUCAACAACGCAAACUACCACGACACGUCGCCUUACAAGUGGGGCGGCAAAACUGACAUUGAUCUGGCGGUCGACGAGAACGGGCUGUGGGUGAUCUACGCCACGGAGCAGAACAACGGCAUGAUGGUGAUCAGCCAGCUGAACCCCUACACAUUACGUUUCGAGGCUACCUGGGACACGGCCUAUGAUAAACGCUCAGCCUCCAAUGCCUUCAUGGUUUGUGGAGUACUGUACGUGGUCCGCUCCACCUAUGAAGACAAUGAGAGCGAGGUCAGCAAGAGCCUGAUCGACUACAUUUACAACACCAAACAGAACCGUGGGGAAUACGUUGAUAUCCACUUUCCCAACCAGUACCAGUACAUUGCAGCUGUGGAUUAUAAUCCGCGAGAUAACCAGCUCUAUGUGUGGAAUAAUUUUUACAUCCUGAGGUACAAUCUGGAGUUUGGCUCACCUGAUCCAGCACAUGCUCCACCACAGUCAGAAGUCACCGCGGCCCCGCAGCCUCAGAGAACCACAACCACCACCACGACGACCACGGCGCACCGGGGCGUGGCCAACACCAGCACCACAACAGGGCUGAAGGAGGGCAGCAGGGGAGCGCCCAAGCCCCCUCCCGUGAUUCCGCAGACGACUUCCCCUCCACCUCUGGAGUCCUUCCCUCUACCCGAGCGUUUCUGCGAAGCCACCGAGAAGAGAGACAUAAUGUGGCCUCAGACCCAGAGGGGCAUGGUGGUGGAGCGACCUUGCCCCAAGGGAACAAGAGGCACGGCGUCUUAUUUAUGUGUCCGCUCCACCGGGGCCUGGCACCCUAAGGGCCCUGAUCUCAGCAACUGUACCUCCCACUGGGUCAACCAAGUCGCCCAGAAGAUUCGCAGCGGUGAAAAUGCGGCAAACUUGGCCAACGAGUUAGCCAAGCACACCAAGGGCCCCAUCUUCGCCGGGGACGUCAGCUCGUCCGUGCGCCUCAUGGAGCAGCUGGUGGACAUCCUGGACGCCCAGCUGCAGGAGCUCCGGCCCAGCGAGAAGGAUUCUGCAGGGCGGAGCUUCAACAAGCUUCAAAAACGAGAAAGGACAUGCAGGGCAUACAUGAAGGCUAUUGUGGACACAGUCGAUAACCUUCUGCGACCAGAAGCCUUGAAGUCCUGGCAAGACAUGAACAGCACGGAACAGACGCACGCGGCCACCAUGUUGCUGGACACUCUGGAGGAGGGGGCGUUCGUCCUCGCCGACAACCUCAUGGAGCCCGCCUUCGUCAAAGUUCCUGCAGACAACAUAAUCCUGGACGUGUACGUGCUCACCACAGACGGCCAAGUUCAGGAUUUCAAAUUCCCACAAUCCAGCAAGGGGGGCGUCUCAAUCCAGCUCUCGGCCAACACUGUCAAGCUCAACAGCCGUAAUGGAGUUGCCAAGCUGGUGUUUGUCCUCUACAAGAACCUGGGCCAGUUCCUCAGCACAGAGAACGCCACCAUUAAGAUGGCCGACGCUUAUGGCCGCAACGUGUCAGUGGCCGUCAACUCCGACAUCAUCGCCGCCUCAAUCAACAAAGAGUCCAGCCGCGUAUUCAUUAAUGACCCCGUGAUUUUUACCCUGGAGCACAUCGACAUGGAGCACUACUUCAACUCCAAUUGCUCCUUCUGGAAUUACUCUGAGAGGAGCAUGAUGGGAUACUGGUCCACCCAAGGCUGCAAACUCCUGGAUUCCAAUAAAACACACACCACCUGCUCCUGCACUCAUCUCACCAACUUUGCCAUCCUCAUGGCACACCGUGAAAUCUCAGUUAACGACAGGGUCCACGAGCUGCUUCUCACCGUCAUCACUCGCGUCGGGAUCGUGGUGUCCCUCGUCUGCCUCACCAUGAGCAUCUUCACCUUCUGCUUCUUCCGGGGCCUGCAGAGCGACCGCAACACCAUCCACAAGAACUUGUGCAUUAAUCUCUUCAUCGCCGAGUUAAUAUUCCUAAUUGGUAUCGAUAUGACGGAACCCAGGAUCGGCUGCGCCAUCAUCGCGGGGAUCCUUCAUUUCUUCUUCCUGGCCUCCUUCUCCUGGAUGUGUCUCGAGGGGGUCCAGCUGUACCUCAUGCUCGUGGAGGUCUUCGAGAGCGAGUACUCUCGGAAGAAGUACUACUACGUGUCUGGUUACCUCUUCCCCGCCAUCGUGGUCGGCGUCUCGGCGGCCAUCGACUACCAGAGCUACGGGACAGAGAAAGCGUGCUGGCUAAGUGUGGAUAAUCAUUUCAUAUGGAGUUUUAUUGGACCUGUCACCUUUAUCAUCAUGCUCAAUCUCAUCUUCCUGGUCAUCACAAUGUACAAAAUGGUGAAGCACUCCACCACCCUGAAACCAGACUCGAGCCGACUGGAGAAUAUAAAUAAUUAUCGCGUUUGUGACGGCUACUAUAAUACAGAUUUGCCUGGCUAUGAAGAUAAUAAACGGUUUAUCAAAUCCUGGGUCAUGGGUGCGUUCGCCCUCCUGUUUCUGCUGGGCCUGACGUGGUCCUUCGGCCUCUUCUUCAUCAACGAGGCCUCGAUCGUCAUGGCGUACCUCUUCACCAUAUUCAACGCUUUCCAAGGAAUGUUCAUCUUUAUCUUCCACUGCCUCCUGCAGAAGAAAGUCCGCAAAGAGUACAGCAAGUGCUUCCGCCACACGUACUGCUGCGGUGGGCUGCCGACCGAGAGCUCACACGGCUCUGCAAAGACUUCCACCACACGGACCAGCGCUCGCUACUCCUCUGGUACCCAGAGUCGUAUCAGGAGAAUGUGGAAUGACACCGUAAGAAAGCAAACCGAGUCCUCGUUUAUCUCAGGUGACAUCAACAGCACCUCCACCCUUAACCAAGGAAUGACCGGGAAUUAUCUACUAACAAAUCCUCUUCUCCGACCACAAGGCACUAACAACCCUUAUAACACCUUGCUGGCUGAGACAAUCGUGUGUAACAACCCCACGGCUCCAGUGUUUAACUCGCCAGUGACCUACAGAGAGACAAGGCACUCGCUGAACAGUGCGGUGAGGGAUACAAGUGCAAUGGAUACUCUACCGCUAAAUGGUAACUUUAAUAAUAGCUACUCGCUCCGCAAUGGGGACUUUGGCGACAGUGUGCAGGUAGUAGACUGCGGCCUCAGUCUGGACGAUGCUGCCUUCGAGAAAAUGAUCAUCUCCGAGCUAGUACACAACAACCUGCGUGCCUGUAACAAAAGCCACCAACAGCAGCAGCACCCAAGUUUACACCACCCGCCCCACCACCAGCAGCCUCCGCAGUACCACCACCACCAUCACCACGUGGAGCGGGCUCCGCCCAAGGUGACGGUGAUAGGGGGCAGCAUCAGCGAAGACGACGCCAUCGUAGCCGACGCUCCGUCUUUGGUGCACACUCGUAACACAGUGGGCCUCAAGCUGCACCAUCAGCAGGAGCUGGAGGCGCCGCUCAUCCCCCAGCGGACUCACUCUCUUCUGUACGCACCCCAGAAGAAGGUGAGGACCGAUGGGGGAGUUGACACCUUUGUCAGCGAGCUGAAACCCACCAACCCUGACGAUAGUCUGCAGUCCCCAAACAGAGACUCCUUGUACACUAGUAUGCCUAAUCUUAGGGACUCGCCGUACCCAGAGAGCAGCCCCGACGUGGUGGAGGACCUGUCGCCGUCUAAGAGGAGCGAGAAUGAGGACAUUUACUACAAGAGCAUGCCUAACUUAGGGGCCGGACACCAGCUCCAGGCCUAUUACCAGAUAGGCCGAGGGAGCAGCGAUGGUUACAUUAUUCCUAUUACUAAAGAGGGCUGCAUCCCUGAAGGCGACGUGCGGGAAGGACAGAUGCAGUUAGUGACAAGCCUUUAAAUGUAUUCAGAUCAUCCCCAAACCUCUUCCUGCACUUUUGCAGCCCCUUCCUCCUGGAGGACACACUAGGGGAGGAAAGAGAAGUGAGGGGAAGGGUAGAGUUUGUUUUAUGUUUGAGGAGAAGCCUAGAAUCCCCGUCACUCACGUCAGCCAUUUACAAACCUCCCCUCCCCCCAUCUGCAUCGCCAUCUCCUUUCCCCCAUAAACGUGCCACUCUCCUCAUCGUCCUCGCAGACCAACAGACUUGGCGCACAGCGACGGCAGUGCAGAGUUUUAAUGAGACUGUACAUAAAUACAGAGUCAGAAUUCAAUUUUAAAGAGACAAGCCAACUAUGUAUUUAAAUGUGCUGCUGCUGUUGAAUAAUUGAGAAAAAUUUAAGGUACGAAAAAAAAAAGAAAAGAACAAAAAAAGAAAAGAAGGAAUAAUUACCAUCUACAUCAGAUCAGCAGUUGACCCGGUCUAAAGGUUGUACAUACACUCCCAAACAUCCUCGUUAAAUCCUGUUUCUUUUGUUUGUUUGUUUUUUAUUGUAAACAAAACAACACCCCUGGACCAGGACCCGGACAAUAUUUGUGAAAUUUCCUUAUCGGACUGUUAGAAAAGGAAUUCAAGGUCCUGGAGUCGUUCACCAUGAAGUUUGGAUUGUAUAACCACUAGCAAUCAAGCCCCUGGCCUUAUAUUUUCUCAACUGUACAUUGAACUGUUGUCAAGGAAAAUGGCUGAAAUAUAUAUUUUGUUGUAUUGCUAGUGUAAAAAUAAAAAUUCAUGGGAAAAAACGUAAAUAUGAAGAAACCUUUUAAUUGCAAAAUUUUACGUUUGAGAGACUAUUGUGUAGAAGUUGCACAUAUGUUAUACAGUGUGUUUAUGGUUCCAACACUUCAUUCAUGGUAGUACGGUUGAACAUAAAAAGCUUUUGAAAAGAGUGGAGGAGUCGGCAGAUUUCAAAGAUGCAUCACCACAGUUUUUCACGUGUGAACAGUGUUUUUUGCUUAAUGAGUUCCAUUGAUACCACCCAUCGCAAUAUGUUUAUUCAGCAUUACUUUAGUAGAAUGGGGGAUGCAGACCCCCCCAGUGAAAGUGAUUUAUGCAUUGCACAGUUUUUUUGUGUAAUUUUGAAUGAAAUAGAGCUUUCUAAACGGUCACGGCAGAGUGAUGGGCGGAGCAGCAGCGAGUUUCUAUCAUAAAUGUAGUUCUUCCGCCUGGUUAUGGACAUUUUAUUUAUUAAAAUCUUUCCAAAAGAUAAGUGGGAAAUGUGUGAAUAUUUUCCAGCACUGGUAUACAUGCUGUACUGUAGCUCAUGUUUUUUAUGUAAACAUGUUACCAAGGGGCUCAUCACUUAAGACUGAUGUAAAGUUCAACACUUGUUUAACAAAUAAAAUAAAUGUGAGAUUUUUUGUCAAAUGCCAGUUGCUCUUUAAUGCUUUCUGUUUUUGGUACUAUUUGAAAAAAAAAAAAUGAAAAAAAGAAACAAGCUUAAUUAUUUUUGCUAUGGACAAAAAAAUACACUUUUGACUCAGGUUAUAAGUAAAGUCCCGAGCACCUUGAAGGUAAAUUGGUGAUUUAUUUUUCCCUCUGGGAUUUAUUUGCUUUUUAUUUUUUUGUUCUGCUUUUCUUCAACCGCUGCAGUGUAGAGCUCAUUUCACCGUAUGUGUUAGAGAAGCCAAAUCUUUCCAUGUGAUUCAAAGAUGAGAAACUCAGGUAGGAAAAUUGCAUUGUAAAUGUUCCUCUGUGUGGUUGUAACACUAAUAAAGGUUCAAAAUGUCA